UUGAGCUCACGUUAUUUAUUCUCGUGUAUAUUAUUAUAAUGUGAGCAUUCCCUUCAAGUUAGUAACGUACCAACAAUGGCCACAGCUUCGGCUGAUGAAAGAUGACAGAUGUACUCCCACUGCGUGCGGAUGAUAACCUGAAGAAGCAGUUGAAUAUCUACCGUUAUGAUGUACAUUUCUGUAUUGCUGUUAACCCUACACGCCUCCUGCUCCUGUGUGGCUGCUCAGGAGAAUGAUUUUUGUAGUGUAACAGCGAACAGCUUGUGCAUUACUAGGGAAACAUUCUCGUCUUGGAAUGAUGCCAGAGAGUGUUGCAUUGACCGUGGCGGAGAUCUAGCCAUUCCCAGUCAAGACACCAAAGACGUCGACACCUUGAUUUCCGCAAGGAUAAACCAAGUGUGGGUCGGUGGAAGGGUUUCCAGGGUGUGGACUACAGAUAAUUCAUCUUACUAUUAUGGUACGUGGAAAGGGUGUUCAGAUAACAUAGCUCAGGAUGUUGAUUUCCACCCGAGUAACAGCCUGAGCGAAUGUCUACAAACUUGUUAUUCCUUUCAUUGUGCCUAUGUAAAAGAGUCUCAAUGCGGCUGUUCAAACAGCAUCUCUCGUUCUCGGAAAUAUGACUGCGAGGACCCUUUCAGAUGGGACGGAGGUGUAGUGAAGGGAACAAACACACACCGAUUCGAUAUAAGAGCAGAACACCUAACUGAAGAUGACAACAGCUGUGAAACAGUGAAUGCUGGCUAUUAUAAAAUCAGAAGAGAGGCUAAACGAUGUGACAAAGAAUACAGAGCCUUAUGCCAGUCUGGGAAGCGUCCUUCUGUCAAAGAGUUCGUAAAAUACGGCAGUUCCUUCCUGUGGAUCACAAAAUACAAGCUCAAGUGGACGUCUGCAGGACUCAUGUGUGAGCAAGGUGGUGGAACUCUGGCGAAACUAAAUUGGGAAUCUCCUUUGCUGCAGGAUAGUCUUUACGACAUUUUCUCGAGCGGUUCGCUAUGGCUGGGAGUGGGGCCCGCCAAGUGGCGCUUCAUUAACGGUCGAUUGGUAUCGGAUAUGUGGCCCGAUGUCAAACAAGAUUAUCUCCGAAAAUGCCUGGUGUGGAAAGGAUCAGGGUUAGAAGCGCAUUGGUGCCCAAGGUCAUACCCGUACAUCCCAGCUGCUUGUGCCUUACCCUACGAGACAACAACUGCGACCAUCAUUGUAGAGGAAACCCCUACUGAUCCACUUGACGUGUCCACAGUUGAUGAACUAUCCACGGUUAUCACGGACACUAAUCCACCGUCAUCUCAGUCAUCACGCACAACUGUCAUUACACACCAACCCUCAGGGGAAACAGAUCACGUGACCAAUGAAUCGCUAGUGGGUGUGACGUUAGAUAUGAGCAAUACUGAAAUGUCGUCACCAGCUCUGUACACUGGCGUUGGUGUGUCGAUGGGUUUGUUAGUUCUAUGCGUUGUAACUGUGAUGAUUGUUUGCAGGGUUCGGAAGAGGUCCUCACAGUCAGGGGCACCCGACAGUCGUCUUCGCCGUGAAAAGCAGUACAACCACAACGUUGGUUAUGAUUUGCGUUCUGGCUCAAUCGUGUGGAUGACUGAACUGGAUACGAAUCACGACCAAACUAACAUGUACAUCAACGGUAAUAUUAAGAAUAACACUGUGGAAGAAGUUUUUUACUCUACGGUCAAAGCAAAAACACCAUCUUCCGACGCCGGAAUCACAAGCCCUAAAAGUAACUGUGUGGAUAAGAGGGUGGAUGAUGCCUUACAACCAGGAGCAGACUACGACAAACUGGCUGUCCCGAAGGCAUCUGGAUGCCACACGAAACCAACCCCGCUUCAAUCAGUUGUGUCCCGAAAGGACCCUACAUAUGUAAAUUACAACGAAUCCUCGGUGACCUCCCCUUACGAUCAUGUCAUCGCCAGAGGCAGCCCGAAGAAAAAUAACGAAAAUUACGAUGAACUGCACAUCGACAAUAUAACGUGUGCGCCUACCGAUGGAGUUGGCGAUUUUUCAGUGUACGACCACGUGUCCAGCGAUAUCUGAUCUAGCAUACAAGCAGCAGGCACUUGGAACCGACCAAUAGAACAAAAUAAAUACUACAAUGUAUGGUGCACCAGGAUAGUACGAUAACCUAAUGGUGUCUCACUCGCCAUCUUGAAUGUCAUGAAAGCUGCAUACCCGCCUCUCGUUCAUCUGUGAUACUUCACCGAAUUUUUCAAAUCGAACACCCAUAUACAUCUGGACGGCUCUAGAAAAAAUCUUACUUCGUGACCAUCCUUGACGUCACACUCUCCUGGGAUAAGCGUUAAUCAGAAUAUAAACUGAACAUCUCGGUGAAGCUUGUUUAACUAGUUGAUCUAUAUAUGUUUUUUUUUCUUUUUAUAGCAUCAUGUACCAACUAAUUAUUUUCAAAAUAAGUUUGGAAUAUUGAAGGCACUCAAAUCACUUGCUGUAUAUACACAAGUUGGUGCUCUGUUAAAGCUCACAUCAAAAAUAUAACAGCAGCCAUAUUUGAUAUAUAACUACCAAGGUAAUAGCAAGGCGUAACACAUGUUACAUGGGGUACCAGAUGAUAUCCAAGGUACAAUUCACGAGUGUAUGCUCACACUAAACAUGAUAAGUUCGAGUUCUUAAAACAUUUUAUAUGCUGUAAAAUUUGUGUGAGGUACAUCGCUGUGGAUCGGUCUAUACAGGAAACUGACAAGCCUACUGCUGUAAAACAGAAACAAUUAAGCCCAAUGUUCAAACUCGUUAGAUAUGACACCCAAUUAAUUCACUGUAGGAUACCUGUACAUCACAAUUUAAAUGUAAUAUUGUACCGAGAUAUAUUAUACAGAAGCAAACAAAUAUUAUUCGUUAGUGGUUGUCAUUCAACUGUUAAAAAUAAAAUAUCAGUAUAAUCUAAGUAAUAUUAUCGGCUAAAUAUCGUAUACAUAUCAGCACAUAAGAAUGUCCAUGCCGUCAAGUUAUAUUUUCCGCAAAACAGUAGUCUUUAUUUAUGGCCAUUCAAAAACCUUGCAAGUAGCUAGCCCGUACGAGCGUAACCGAGUGUUGCCGAAUUUUGCCGGAGAACGUUGUUAAAUAAGACUAGGCGGCCUGGUAUUACCCUUGACUAAGGAUGGUCAUGAAGUAAGAAAAAAUAGUAAUUUGUGUGAUACAAGUACUGGAGUAUAUUUUUGUAAAUGUUAAUGUGUGAGAAUAACUUUUGUCGUAUCAGCUGUAUUUUUUUAUAUGAUUAGAUGUAAUGGAUCAUCAUCUUUGCACUGGCAUUUCCAUAAAAAUUGCUUGAUUACUCUAACAGUCAAACUGGCGUGAGGAUAUAAUUUACAUAUAUAAUUAAUAUACUUGUAUACAUGGGAAUCUGAUUUUCAAACUGAUUUAAGAUUACCUAAUGUGUGAUUGCCAUCAUGUACGCUGCACAUAAACUCCAUUAGUGAGCAUAAACGAUCGACGUCUUCAAGCCAGUUUUUGAGGAUUAUUGUCCCUCGUGGUAUGUAACAGUAAUGGAUUUAUCCUGUGCAAAUUAUUUGUUUUCGUAAAGGUAUUUCCUUAAUGUCAGAUGCACUAUGUAGUUAGGUAAAAUACUAAUAUAUUAAAACAAAUCUUACCCUUCACUUAUUUGUAUGGAACCGGAAACAAUGUCUUUUAAUGGUAUUUUGUCGUGUCGAGUGAGGCUCCAUAAAUAGGUUUGGCUUAUCAGUACUGCACGCAGAUCAGUAGUUCAUGUAAGGUAAUGUACGAAAUGAGUUCAUCAACGCACAACAGAAAGAUUUACAGGAACAUCCGAAAAGACGAUGAACAAAUGUAUACUUUAUUUUAUUGUGUGACUGCCUGUAUGCCGCGUUCACAAGGUGCGAUUGUGAAGACAUUUCGUCGUAUUCGAAGAGUUGCAUGGAGAUAGGAUAUACAUUAUUUCAUGCGAUUUUACAUGUAGGCACAGCAUUGGGCAAAUCGCAUCGAGAUAAUGCAGCUGAUAAAACAGAUUUGUCCCAGUUUUCAUCCACUUGUCGAAUUUGAGGAGUCGAUAUGACAAAUCGUGUUCGUGUGAACGCGACUUUACACAGCGUGGAAAUUGAGCCUGUUGAGGAAGUUCCUUGUGGCCAUCUCUCCGUGGCUUUGUCAUCUGUACUUAUCCAUCUUAUUAGACAUCGUGUUGAUA